AAUUCUGACAUACUUCUUUUUGCAGCACACGAUAUUCCAUAUUUGGUGGAGGAUCACAUAUUCAAUCAUGGGGAAUUCUAAUCAUGACCAGAGCUUACUCAGAAAUAGCCACAAGGUACUUCUUGGGGUGGUGUUUUCUUCAAGCAUGAGUUUGGCUUCCUCUCUUAGUGCUGAUUGACAAAUUACAGGUAUGCACAUAUUUUUUUUUCUUUUUGUUGCAAAUUUUAAGGAAUUCUUAAUUGUGUUGUAACCAUAGUUAUUGAUACCGUACUGGCCAGAUUGAGCAAAAGAGGGAACAGUAUAAGGAUUGUUUUGUACCAAUCCAAAUACCAGGCAUACUGGACAAAAUGCAACGUAUCGGCCAGUAUGCUAAAUUUCAGCCAAUACAUUUAAAUAGUUCCAUUUUCUGAUUUUUCACUCAUUUUUUUUCUUUUUAAAUAUGAUAACAUUGGUUAUAACAGUUCAUAGCUUCCACUUUCAUGGUCCAUGUUUAGGUGGCUUUUUUCUAGUUUAAGCAUAAAAUAUUGUCAGCUCUUUUCUAGUUUAAGAGUAAAAUAUUAUCCUUUGAAUUCACUGUCUUCAUAUAAACCCCCCAUCACCAUUGCCAUAAGAGCUAAGGCUAGCUGCUCAAAAGUUUUUGCACCUUACAUAUGGAAUAUCAUUUAAUCCUGUUUCAUCACACAUCUCACAAAAGGAGAGGGAGGUGGAAUCCUUGAUAUUUACCCCCUCUCCCUCUCGUUCCUUUUGAAAAUUUAAAAUGCCUCUAAACAUCAGCAUGUGGUAUUGAGGACUCAAACUCUUAAACGUGACUAUAGCCUACCAGUUUGGCAAUGUUAGGUUGGACCUAGAGGCUGCAUACCUAUGGUACUUUCUUGUAGUCAUGUUGAAUGACAACUUUUUUCUUCUUUGGUCUUUCAAGAUGUAACUUGACAUUGUUAAUAUUUAAUGCUUUAUACCUUUCAUUGACCUUGCUAGAUGAAAUGAAUGGAUCUUCAAGGUGAUGAUAUGUUGUUGAUGCUAGAACAGUCUUUUUCUCCACUGAAGCCAUGAGACAUGCCAAUUUCUAGGGGAUUAAAUGAUUAAUCUCCCUGAAAUCUUGUAGGUUUUUCACCCUGCCUACCUAAU